AUGAGUCCUGUUCAGAAUUUCGAGCAACAUUCUCGUCAUCUCGUGGAGCCCGACCUCCCGAUUCAGGUGAGGCUGCAGAUGGUGAUGGAGGUUAGGGACAGUCUAGAGAUUGCACACACUGCUGAGUACUUGAAUUUUCUGAAGUGCUACUUCAGGGCAUUCUCGGCAAUACUGCUGCAAAUUACGAAGCCUCAGUUUGUGGACAAUCCGGAGCACAAGCUUCGGAAUAUUGUAGUUGAGAUUUUGAAUAGACUUCCACACAGUGAAGUUCUCCGGCCCUUUGUUCAGGACCUGUUGAAGGUUGCCAUGCAAGUGCUCACCACAGAUAAUGAAGAGAAUGGCUUAAUUUGUAUUCGGAUAAUCUUUGACCUUUUGAGGAACUUUAGGCCAACUCUAGAAAAUGAGGUCCAGCCAUUUCUGGACUUUGUUUGCAAGAUUUACCAAAAUUUUAAACUAACUGUUAGCCAUUUCUUUGACAACAUGGCAAUGACUGGGGAAGAUGUCAAGCCCAUGGAGACUUCACUUUCUGAUCAAGGUAUAAACACCACCACUGCAACUGGUUCACAACUUAAUCCAAGUACUCGCUCAUUCAAGAUAGUUACAGAGAGUCCACUGGUGGUGAUGUUUCUGUUUCAAUUAUAUAGUCGUCUUGUGCAAGCAAAUAUUCCUCAAUUAUUGCCAUUGAUGGUUGCUGCUAUAUCAAUUCCUGGCCCAGAAAGGGUUCCUCCUCAUUUGAAAAAUAAUUUUAUUGAGCUCAAGGGUGCACAGGUUAAGACAGUUUCCUUUUUAACUUAUCUAUUGAAGAGCUAUGCUGAUUAUAUAAGGCCACAUGAAGAAAGUAUAUGUAAAAGCAUUGUGAAUUUGCUCGUAACAUGCUCUGAUUCUGUAUCCAUUAGAAAGGAGCUAUUGAUAUCCCUGAAACAUGUCCUUGGAACAGAUUUCAGGAGAGGUUUAUUUCCUCUUAUUGAUACUCUACUGGAAGAAAGGGUUCUAGUUGGGACUGGACGGGCAUGCUUUGAGACCCUGAGGCCCUUGGCUUAUAGUCUUUUGGCAGAGAUUGUACAUCAUGUUCGCCAAGAUCUCUCCUUAUCACAGAAGGGAAGAACAAUUGAGCAGGACAUAUUGUGUACAGAGUUUAGAGCAAUUAUGGAAUUUGUGAAGAGUAAAAUAGAGAAGGUUUUUUGCUCCUGUGUGGUGAAUCUGAAGUAA